AUGGCCCAGACAGGACAUUCAACACUUUCUCUUUCACCAGCUCCCAAACGACGAGCAAGGACUGAAACUCCUGAACCCAAACCCCAACCGACCACCCCGACUCAGCGACCACCCCCAGUACCAGCCAAGGACAAUGCUCCGAUCCACCCAUAUGCCAAAGCCCAGGACGCCACCUAUGCACCACCGCACGAACGCAACAUGGGGGCCCCAGCAAAGAUACCAUCAGCAAAGAAGAAUGCGCCAGCCUAUAAGACUACGGCACCGAUCUACAACAAGAAGGUAGCAGCCAAGGUCUACAACAGGGCAAUGGCCACUCAGGUCAGAGAAGUCACGUUGGCAAGCCAAUUGCCUGCCAGAGAUGCUAGCAAUGUUCGGACCUUCUACCAAGAUGCUGAUCUACCCUACGCCAUUGACAAUCUCGAACCACCAACUCGACCGACUAUCUCCUCCUUUGUCAAUGUCCUGCACCAACCAGAAACACCCCUGCCGGGCACGACCAUUAUCCCUGACAUGUACAAAACGUACCUGAAGAAUCUACAGCCCAGUCAGGUCCCUCAGCGGUUGAUAGUUGCUAAAGAAGUCGAAUGCAUCAUCGACCCAGGUUCACAAGUCAUUGCUAUGUUGGAAGGCAUUUGCAACAAACUAGUGCUCAUCUACGACCCCGAAAUUGUUCUUAAUAUGCAGUCGGCAAAUGGCAAAAUCAACCGAUCCUUGGGCCUCGCACGCAACGUCCCAUUCCUCAUUGGCAAUAUUACCCUGUACCUCCAAGUCCACAUCAUUUGGAACCCAGCCUAUGAUGUUCUCCUCAGUCAGCCCUUCAACAUCCUCACUGAAAGUAUUGUCAAGAAUUAUUCAAAUAAAGACCAGAUGAUCACCAUCAAUGAGGACCCCCUCGAGUUCUUCACCAGAGACAAGUGA